AUGAUGAACAGAUCAAUGAAUGAAGUAAUUACUAAUAAUGAUCAUAGUAGAGCAGCUGCGUGUGAAAAUCAAUCAAUGUUUGAUGAUGAUCGUUAUGUACAAAAGCGAAAGUCUCGUCGCGUUCGAGCUCUCAUAAAAUCCCCCGUUAUGGAAAUGAUAAGUGACGAACAAACCGAACAACUUAGUAGUACACCAAGUACAAGACGAAAUUCAACGAAUUCAUCAUCUGAUAAAAGACCUUUUCCCUUUGGACAUUGUCGAGUUUGUAUGGACAAAGCUACCGGUGCGCACUAUGGAGUACCGACAUGCGAAGGUUGUAAAGGUUUUUUCAAACGAAGCAUAUUACGAAAAGAGAAGUAUCGAUGCUAUUUUGGUGAUGGCUGUGUUAUUAAUACUGAUAAUCGAAAUCGUUGUAAAUCAUGUCGUUUUCAAAAGUGUCUCAAAGAAGGAAUGUCUGUCGACGGCGUUCGAAUGGGUCGUAUUCCCAAACUAGUCAAAGAAAAAGCGUUAGCUGAACAUCAUUUAUCAUCGUCAAGUAUAGAAAAUGACGAUCCAAGUUCAUCAGUAGCAUCGUCAUCGCCACCAUGUCUAUCAUCCAUGAAUUCAAAUUCAACUAAUUUAAUAUCAACCGAUGUCAAUUUACAAUUAAUUGAUGAACAUUUUUUUUCCGACGACUUUGAAUCCAUAUCCAUGGAUACUCCAUCCACAAUAUUACCAUCAUGCAAUGGCUAUAUGUUAUCCGAAGAUUUUACUCUAGAUGAAACAAAAAAUGAUCUUAAAGAAAACGUUUCCAUAUUAAAUAGUCCACUAUUGAAUAAUUGUACAGAAAAUUGUGACGAAAUGUUUUCGAAAAACGCCCUUGAACAUAUUAAAAAACUCGUAAUUAAAAUAAUGCACCCGAGAUCCAAUACCGUAUCGGAUCAUGAAGAAUUAUCAUUUAUUCGAUAUCUACGAACGAAAACGUUUAAUUUGUGUAAUACAUAUAACGGUUGUACAAGACAGUUAAUGGAACGAAUGUCUAGUAUGAUUAACCAGCAAAUUAAAGAAUUUCCUGGUGACUAUUCAUCUGUUCAAGAUAUAUGGGCUGGAUUGACAGAUGCUAUUCCAUUCCAUGUGAAAAAUCUCAUUACAUUUGCUCGCGAGAUGCCAGCUAUUAAUGAAAUCAAUCUAGACGACCUGAACAAAAUAAUGAACAAUCGUUUGUUUGACUUUUGGCUGAUUAAACAUGCACCAUUAAUAUGCAACAAUGAAUCUUACAUUAUGUUGCCUAAUGGCCUUCAAUAUACUCGUCAAUGGAUGAAUCAUAUAAUGGGCGAAGAAAUGGUUGAAACGAUGUUUGAAUUUUCAAGAAAAUUCAAUGAACUAAACUUAACACAAGAAGAAUACGCUUUAAUAUUUCCUAUUGUUAUUUGUGUGAAAGAUAAGAGUCUCAAUGAUCAAGAAACCGUGCAUCAGAUUCAAUGUUGUUAUUUAUAUUCGUUGUAUACGCAAAUGUUAACUACUCGUACACAAUUAGAAGCAAAAACAGUAUUUCGCAAUCUUUUACAGAUCUUCGCAUUCUUGCCACUGUUAAACGAAUUACAAGAGAAACGAGUUGGUUGA